UAAGGAUAUAUUUUCAUAAAUUUGUUUUUCUUUUCUUUUUUUCUUUUAUUAGAUUUGUGUAGGUGAAAAUUCAGUUUGCAAAAACAAAACAAAAAACAAAACAAAAAUCGUAGUUUUACUACGAUUGAUAAAUAUCUUAUUAUUCAACAUACUCAAUGAAAUUUAACUGGAUUUGUCAAUAAUGUGCCAAAAAUCCAUCAUUGGUAAGCGUUUCAAUUUGGAAAGACGCAAAAUUUUAUCGCCGGCUUUUCGUUCCCUUGCUGAAUUUCUCGUUCAUCGUCGUUCCUAAUCGACCCCGAGAUGCGCUUUCUUUAGUGUUUACUAUACAUAUCAUAAAACUACAUUAAUACUCAUGAACUAAUCUACAAUAUUCACAAGACUUCAAAACAAUAAACCAAGAAAAAUCCUACAGAUCAUAGAGAUAAUUUGUAUCAUUUUACGAAGAAAAAACCUUCAAUUUUUACUCUGCAGUGAAAACAAAUUAGAAAAUCACCGAAUGCUUUCAGCAGCAUUGAGUAAGAUGGUAGCCCUACAGUUUUGUUUUCAUAAUUUUUGAAAAGUAAAUAUCAUAGUUAAUGGAUAAAAGCUUGCUCAAUGUGUUGAAUUUACGCUGUAUUUACGUUAACACGUUGUAAAAUAAUCGGAGUUAUCUUUUUAAAUAAAAUAUCAGUGACUUCAAAUGAGCUCACAAACCGACAAGAAAAAGUGAUUUUGCUCGCAUUGCUCCCCAAGAUUUCUGUGCGAAGGUUCAAUUAAUCUCUUCCAUAACUGUUGGGGAAAUCAAUUAAAAGAUGGAAAUUAUUACGUUCAAAUUACUUAAGAAUCACUUGAUGACAAUAUUUUAAUUGUAGCUAGGUGUGUGAUUCAAUUCAGUAUUAAAACCCGGGCUAUCACGAAAUGGUUUUAUCGAUAUUCUAACGGAUAUUAAAAGCGACUCAGUGAUCAUUCAGCACCACGAUACUCAAGCAUGUCUGCUAAAUUGCAUGAAAAGCUGCUUGCGCAUUUGUUCAUUUUUUAUGGAAUAAAACAUAUUUGCUUCGUUUGUACUUUGGAAAAUAAUGGAUGUAAAAAAAAAUCUCCUUAGUGGCACACAGUAAUUGGGAAUGAAAAAAAAACUGCCCGGAGCUUUUCAAUGUUCUAUAAAUUUCUUUUGCAUGGGAGAAGAAGGACAUUAAAACUAACAGAUCAAUUAUUGUAACAGUAAAAAAGCCGUUUGCUGUGGGCUGAAAAAUUGGACGAAUAAGUGCAUAGACAGGUGAUUUUACUUGGCUGUAGCAUAGGAAUCGAUGCUAGCUAUAGUCCAUGAUUUUGGAACUGAGGUCGUAUGAUUGUGAGAUAUCAUCGAAGUUAGCGGUUCAAACAGGACAUGAAGACCAAUGGGACGACCAAAUGGAAGAUAAGAGCGCUGCAUCCAUUAUCUGAUGUAUUCCCGCCUCUGAGACCUGCAUUAUAAGUCACUGAUUUACUCUUAGCUCCCAUUAAGGAAGAUCCACUCCAUUGAGUAGAACGGCUUAAACAAUUAACUACUGUUGCUGAUGAGGAUUUCAAAUCACACUGCGUGAAUAUAAUACGCUAAGCACGGGUUUUGAAUCAUGUUUUUGUCUAUAUUCUGUGUCGUUCAUCUUUGUUUUCUCGCCCUGACUAAUGCUGCUGGCGCCGGCCUUCGGUUUAGCCUCAGUCGUAAUUUCCCGUACGCCGAGUACGAGAACUGGGACUUCACUAGCAAUGGAAUAAUGUCUUUUCGUUUUCAAACGCACAGUCGAACAGCUCUUCUACUUUACCACGACGACAAAAGAAACGACCGCGGUCAAGACUACAUGGACGUUUUUAUUUUCAAAGGAGACAUUAGACUCAGAUUUAACUUGGGAUUUUGUCAGGAAACGUCGGAACUAACCGUCCUUGGAGAUUUCGCUGAUUACAAGUGGCAUUAUGUCGUCAUAACACUAUAUUUCAAAUAUAUUUCAAUUUCUGUUGACAAAACUUCUGUAUCAAAAAUUGUUAAGUGUAAAACUCCAGAGCACGUUGGUAAGUUUGCUAAAAUGCGGAAGAGAAGAUGGGCUUCGGUUUAUUUAGGAGGCAUUCCUCUAAACAGGAAAUGGGCGUACGAAGACUGGUCUAGUGCACGUAUCAUAAAAGAUGCUUCUACAUCAAGAUUCGAAGGCUGUAUUGGUGACUUGAUGUAUCAGAAAGACAAUCAGAAAGCGUUCAAGGCUAAGCUAAAGAGAAAAGAGGCUGUGGUUCCGGAUUGUUUCAACGCGUGCAAAAAUAAUCUGAAGUCAUUUGCACCCAAGUGCCAGAAUGGUGGGACAUGCAUCGAUCACAUUGACAACUUUGACUGUGAUUGUAAAGGGACUGGGUACGAAGGGGACUAUUGUGCAAACGAGUCGACCAUGGUCUACAUGAAUGGUUCAGGGUACAUAGCCUAUCGAAUGUUGACUCCAAAAAUCGACUGGUCGAUGAAAAGUAAUCAAUUUUCCUUCAGAUUUGUCCCCCUUGAUCCUAACGGCAUCAUCCUGUACCUGGGGAAUCCCACAGACCAUCUGGCGGUCGAGAUGUUUGAGGGUACCAUCCAGGUGAACAUCAAUCUUGGGGGAGGAUUGCUUGUCAUGCGCAGUAAAGUUACCCUCAACGUAAGUGAAUACCAUUAUGUGGAGAUCACUCGACGUGAGAGACGAAUGACAAUCGAUAUCAAUAAGGGCUGGUACAUCAUGGAGGAACUCACACCUGGUGAUCUCUUCUCCCUGGAUCUCAAAGGCAAUGAACGAGUUGCUUACUUUGGUGGGGGACCAGACGGCAAGGCUAUAGAUCUCUCAACCAGCAAAAGGAAUUUCAGUGGAUUUCUCCAGGAACUGACUUUCGAGACAAUGAAAGUGUUGGACAAAGUCAUGAAUUAUCCACAGGAUAAAAGGUUCAGCAAGAUCGGAGAGGUUUUGGAAGGAAGUCAAAGAACUGAAUUACUUCCGAUUUCUGAUAAAAUCCAAGGGUCUGGCUGUGGUGAUCUGGAUGAUGAUGAAGACAUGGACAGAUGUACUCAGCCCACGCCAAGAUGCUUUUCUCCAGACUGCAUCUAUGGACGUGUAACGACUGAUACCCCACCUCCACCAACAACCAAGCCAACCACCAUGACACUCCCAGUAAGACUGACCUAUGGUACCCCCUCUGGGGGAGUAGUGCUGGCGCGACUCGAGUCCCCCCCUGAUCACAGUGUAUCGCCAUGGACCAUCAUCAUCAUAGUUGCUGCAGCAGUUAUUGCUGUCAUCAUCACUAUAUUUCUACUUUACCGCUGGAAUAUCAGGUAUACUGGAUCUUUCAAACCCCAUAAAAGCGAACCAAUAGGAGAAGGAGCACAACCGAUAGGAAGAGGAUACGAACAGCCUGCCUUCUAUGUGUCCUCAAAUAAACCAACCAAAGGGGUAACUAUGGCUUGAGACAAACGAGUUAUCACUUGUGAAUGUGAUGGAUUUUGGUGACAAUGUUGUGGACGAUCCAAACAGCAAGUAUACUCGAGUUUUGAAUUCACUGUUGCUCAGGUUUAGCCUUGAUUUUGUGCAGGAUAUUCACGUGUUCGAGUCAAGGUUCUUGGUAUUUCAAAGUCGGUUUGUACAGUUGAAGCCUUGCAUUGUUUACUUUACCGUUGGUAUUUGUGUAAUAAAGGACUGAACACAGCGGUACAGCUGAUGAGUUAUGGAAUAUUAAAUUACGUAUACCAUCAUCAAGACUACAAGAUAAUUAUAGAAUACCAAAUGAUAAGCCAAAUAACUUAAAUCAAGACACUGUUGAAAUGGCAUAUAACUGGUAUAAAAUUCAAAUAUAUAUUAGAAAAAUAUUUAAAUAUCUCAGUGAAAUUCUGAAAGGACACGGGGAGCCAAUCCAUGAUAUAUACACUUUUGCUGUAAUUCCACUUUAAAUAAGGUUAAUUUUUUCCCACUCAUGAAUAUCAAAUUCUAGAUUAUAUACAAUUUAUAUAAGUAAUCAUAAGCUCCUUGUAUUGCAUGAAGCUGUGUGAGUCAGUACACACRCAAACGAUUAGAAAACAGGUGCGUAUCCAGGAUUUGUAAUUAGGGGGUCCUUACAUACCAAAUUGUCACUAUGACGUCAAUAUGACGUCAUAGCAAUCUAUUGUUUUGACGAAAAAGAAUUAUGGUCGAUAGAGGGGAAACGAAACGAAAAGACGGCUCCGAGAAGCGAGAAAACCGAUUUUCUUAACUGCUUAAGUUAAGUCUAAACAAAUCUUCACACACUGCAUCAACGGCCGGUUAGAUUUUUUUGGCUUUGAAAGAAGGGGUCACGGGCGCCCUGUGACCCCCCCCCCCUUGGAUACGCCCCUGGAAAAAAUGCGGCAAGAUUGAAAUCCGAUAUUUUUCAUGGCCUCUGUGACCAGUCUCUUAAAAAUAGCAUUUAUAUAAAGGUCUUAUAAAAUGUAAAUAUUUCUAACAAGAAUAAAUGGAAUGAUGUUAAACUUCAUAAACUUAAUUUCUAUAGUGUAUGCGGCUAAAUAUUUGAAGUAAAACAAUGAACUAAAGUG